AUGAAUUGGAACCCUAAUCGCCUCCGUCCCUAUUCUGGGUACCGGCCCACUGUUGGUGACGGCAUCACCGGUAGCGGCCAAGAUUUUCGCCCACCAGUCAGGAUGAUUUUUGAUAGCAUCUGCGGGGACUUGAGCAGGACCGGGGCUUUUCCGAUUUUAAGAUUAGAAAUAAGUCCGUGGAUUUCUUCCGGGUCAGUGGGAGGCCAAAGGGUCAGCUGCUCAAAGACUCCAUCGAUUGUAUUAAUAUUAAGGUCUGGUAAGGCAAAAUAAUUCCUUAGAAAGGAUUCCCAAAUUGGGGCAGGAAUAACUGUUAAGGGGUAUCUUUUAGAUUUUCUGUUAACCAACAGCCAGAAUUUUCGGGAAUUACGGGUACUUGAGGCAGCUAUAAGUGCUUGCCAGCGGUUCAAUUGCCAUUCCUGUUUGGCCUUUUUCUGCACAUAUUUGUAAGCUGAUUUUGCCUGAUAGUACUCCUUGGGAAGCGUAAUCGCCUCUGGAGGAUUUGUAAUCAUUAUAAAUAGCACAAAGAUGUUGUUUGGCUUGUUUGCAAUUACGGUUAAACCACGGUGCACCUGUCUUGGGGUGGGCCCAAUUUGCCUGGUGGGUUGGGACAGAAAAGAAUGACGUGAGGUCAUUCAACAGAUUGGCAAAUAGAUUAAUAGUUUGAUCGUGAUCAUAUGAAGUUAUGCCAAGGGCUGAAUAGGUUUGUAUGAUCUCCUGCUGAAAAAAUUCAGAAUAUUUUUGAGCCUGUAUGCUGAUUCUGAACUGUAUUUGUUGUUGUCAGGCAAUGGCUUUGUUUCCUCCAGGUUCUUUAAAAAGUCUGUAAUAAUAGAUCUGGCAACUGGGUUUGCUUCUGGCAUCUCCUUGCUGCCAAUUAAUUCUGUGACUUUCUGCUUCUGGCUUAGAACAGGGACGUCCAACUCCCACGAGACUACGAUCUACUCACAGGGGGCGGGGGAGCUGGCAGCCAAAGUUGUUGAGCUUCUUUUAGAGAGGAAAGUUCCAUUUGGGGUGUUAAGGCCAAGGUUCUUGAGCCUUUUUUAUGGAGAAAAUCUCCGUUAUUAGGGGGAAAAUGUCAGACUAGAGUAAAGGGGAGAGGGGAUUAGUCAUUCACUAAAAGAUCGCUAUGGAAACAAUUUGCCUCACAGUGAAAACUCAGCCUUCUGUUCCAGCGAUCAGCUGAAAAUGGUGGGCGGGGAGAGGGGGCAGGGCCAGCUGCUCUGAGGCAAAAACAAAGGAAAAGGAGCCAGCAAUCGACCAGAACCUCCCCGGUAUCGAUCAGUCGUUAUCCCUGGAAUAAAACUACCAUGUUCUCUCUGUAUCUGAAUGAACUUUCUCUGAGAGUCUGGGUUAGCUUAAGGCUUCCCUCAUCAAUGGAAUUCUGACUGGUCAUAUGAAAAAUGAAAAUGGUGGAAAUGUGUCAAUUUCAAAACCAAAACUUCAAUCUCCACAAGAGGAAAAACUCAAAACCUUCUCCGCCUAGCUUCUGCUCUGAGAGGGAAGAGGGAGCUAAUCCCAUUCACAUUGGAGUCAGUGGAAGUCACCAUGGUCUCACCAGGAAAUAGAAAAAAUGUUUGGUUUGAAUCUCUCUUCUCUCUUGAGUAAAUCCAGCCACAUCCACUAAAAUACUUUGAAUUUUGUCUUCACUGGGCCCCAUAACCUUUGUAGGAAUGGAUUUAGGCACUAUGAGAGGAUGUACAGUUUAGUUAUUAUCCUUCCUUGCUCAUAUUGUUGCAUGUCAUAUGCUCUAAUGUAUACAAAGAUAUACCCUAUUGCCACCAUGUUAAACAGUUUCAAGAUGAAAAUGAAUAAAAACUAUGCGAAAAAGAAAAAUAUUUGUGAGUGUUUCAACUGGAGAAAGUUCAGGAAAUACUGGACACAAUACAGUCGUACCUAAUUAAAGUGGAAUAAUUUCAUCUGCAAAUGAUUUCACAAUGCUGCUAUCUACUCCCAGUGUAACAAACAAACAAAGUUUACAGGUAAUCCUGAAUGAUGAGUUCACUCCCUUUUAAUCUGUUCUGGAAAGCAUUAGUUUCUGCGAGUAAGCACCACUCACUUGAGUAAACAUUAAACUGAAAGGCAUAUCAUCCAAUGUACAGCUUUGAAUAGUUGUGGAGAAGAAAAAAUUCAGAGGGAUGGCUUAAUGAUUCGCUACAGACAUUACAUGACAUAAUAUAUGGGUGGCUCAUUGCAGUUGGUAGACACUGUUGUUGACCAAACUGCUCUGUAGCUUUGUUGUUUUUGUAGAAGUCUUUUAGACCGUGUUGGCCUUUGGGUUGCCAGUUUUUUAUCUGGAGGUUUCUGCUUUUUUUCUGUUUGGCUCCGGAGGCCUCCAGGCCUUGGAGCUCUGCUCAGCUAUCGGUGGGAUGCUACCAGUCCCAGCGGGGUUGAGGCCACUGGGAGGUGGCUUGGGGCUCUUCACGGCCUCCUCGGUUGUUGCGUUGGGCACCACUGGUUACCCCUCAAUCAUGGUGCUGAUGGCGGUGCAGGUACCAUCCAGACAACGCCAUUGGUGCUUGUGGUCCUCAGAAGCUCCAUGCUGACCUUGGCGCUUGCCAUCUUGCCUCACCGGAAGUCCAUACUGGUGCACUUUGAAACAUCCAUCCCUGAAUGCAGUUCAAUGAUUACUCCAAAGAAUUUCAGAAUGCUGCCCUUUACACCCAUUAUAACAGAUAUAUUUAUACAUAAUCUGGGUGACAGGUCUGCAGCCAGGUUCAAGAGAAUUUGAAUCUGUUCUGGAAGGCAAUAGUUUGUGGAAGUAAGCACCACUCACUUGAGUAAACAUUAAACUGAAAGGCAAAUCAUCCCAUGUACAGAUUUUAAUAGUUGUGGAGAAGAAGAAAAAAAUCAGAGGGGCAAAUCAGAACACAUUUCCAUUUUACUGGAUGGUUUAAUGAUUUGCUAGAGACAGUACCUAGCAUAAUAUAUAUGCUGCUCACUGCAGUUGCAAGACAUUGUUCUUCACAAAUUGCACUGUAGCUUUCAUUAUAACCACUACCCCAAAUAAUUGCUUGCAAAAACGAAAUGGAUUGGAUAGAGCCGAUUCCAGCGUUGUUCCUCUUUAUCCUUAUGAUUUCCUUUAUUUUGAAACUAGGCACUUUCUGGAACAAGAGCUCCCAAAAUCUUCCACCAGGACCAAGGCCUUUACCUCUCAUUGGGAAUCUCCACAUCAUGGAUCUCAAGAGGCCUUACAGAACCAUGUUAAAGGUAAAGAUUCCAGUUCUUCCCAUGGCAAGGCUGAAGUGUACUGGGGCAGCCAAGUCAGAUGAGCGGGGUAGAAAAUUAUUAUUAUUAUUCUUAAUAUCAACAAUACAUUACAUUUUGUUCUUUUAGAGCCUAUAAAUCUCAUCUCCCCUUUGUGUGCUACAGAACCGCCUCUUAACAUUCCCAGUCAUAAGACUUAGUUGCAAUUUAUAACUGGUAAUUUGAACAAGGUGUCUGGGGGUGUCUGGUGUCGAAUCCCGUUUGACUCUGCCUCCAUUUUCAAGGAUGCAAAAGUGCCAAUACAAACCUUGCCUAGCCCAGCCUCCUCCUUCAGCCUAUCUUUCUAAACAAGAUUUGAGAGGUGCCAUUAAAGGUAUAAUCACAUUUAUCCUUACAACUGCCUAUGUUGUUCUGGUUUUCUGAUUAUUCCUAGCAAAUAUUUGUGCUGCUGCAACUGAAUAAUAAUAAUAAUUUAAAAAUAACUUAUUAUUUAUACCCCACCCAUCUGGCUUGGUUUCCCCGGCCACUCUGGAAGGCUCCCAACAGAUUAUGAACAUGAUCAAACAUGAUCAAACACCAAACUUUAAAACUUACUUUAAAAGGACUGCCUUCAGGUGUCUUCUAAAAGUCAGAUAGUUGUUUAUUUCCUUGACAUCUGAUGGGAGGGCAUUCCACAGGGCAGGCAUCACUACCAAGAAGGCCCUCUGCUUGGUUCCCUGUAACCUCACUUCUCGCAGUGAGGGAACCGCUAGAAGGCCCUCAGAGCUGGAUCUCAGUGUUCGGGCUCAAUGAUGGGGGUGGAGACGCUCCUUCAGGUAUACUGGGCCGAGGCCGGUUGGGGCUUUAAAGGUCACCACCAACACUUUGAAUUGCGCUAAAAAAGGUACUGGUAGCCAAUAUUGGUCUUUACGGGCCGGUGUUAUAUGGUCUCGGCAGCCACUCCCAGUAACCAGUCUAGCUGCUGCAUUCUGGAUUAGUUGCAGUUUCUGGGUCACCUUCAAAUGUAGCCCCACGUAGAGCGUAUUGCAGUAGUCCAAGCGGGAGAUAACUAGAGCAUGCACCGCUCUGGCGAGACAGUCUGCGGGCAGUCUGCGGGCGGAUAGGGUCUCAGCCUGUGUACCAGAUGGAGCUCGUAGACAGCUGCCCUGGACAAAGAAUUGACCUUCUUUCAAGGACAAAGAAGUGCCUUCAUGGGCAGCUGUGAGUCCAAAAUUACUCCAAGGCUGCGCACCUGUUCCUUCCAGGGCACAGUUACCCCAUUCAGGAUGAGGGAGUCCUCCACACCUGCUCACCCCCUGUCCCCGCAAAACAGUACUUCUGUCUUGUCAGGAUUCAGCCUCAAUUCAGCCACCAUCUACCUCCAACCGCCUCCUGACACUCACACAGGACCUUCACUGUUCUGUUUUAAAAGAGAGGUAGAGCUGGUUAUCAUCCGCAUACUGAUGAACAUGUACCCCAAACCUCCUGAUUAUCCCUCCCAGCAGCUUCAUGUUGAUGUUGAAAAUAAUGGAGGAGAGGAUGGAACCCUGAGGCAUCCCACAAGUGAGAGCCCAGGGUCAUGAACAGUUAUCUCCCAACACCACUUUCUGGACACGGUCCAGGAGGAAGGAGCAAAACCACUGUAUAGCAGUGUUUCCAGCUCCCAGCCCCUCUAGGUGGUCCAGAAGGAUGUCAUGGUCGAUGGUAUCAAAGGCCACUGAGAGAUCCAGCAGAACUAGGAAACAGCUUUCACCUUUGUUCUUAGCUGGCCGGAGAUCACUGGCCCACAGUUUCAGUCCCAUGAUGAGGCCUGAAUCCAAAUUGGAAGAGAUCCAAAUGGUCCGCAUCCUCCAGGCGUGCCUGGAGUUGUUCAGCAACCACCCGCUCAAUCACCUUGCCAAAGAAUGGAAGAUUUGAGACUGGGUGAUAGUUCACCAUACUGGCUGGGUGCAAAGAUUUAUUUUUUAAUAAGUGGCUUUAUAACCACCACUUUCAGCGGGUUUGGGAAGGCUCUUUAACAGAGUGAAGCAUGCACCACCCCGCAGAACUUUUAUGAGCCAAGAUGGGCAAGGAUGAAGGAGACAGGUGGUCAGUUGCACUUGUCCAAGCAGCCUAUCCACAUCCUCGGAGGUAACAGUUUGGAAUUGAUCCCAUGCAACUUGACUAGACAUCCCAUGCAACGUGACCCUAGCACUCUCCCGCCCUGGCCCUGCUCCCAAGGUGGAGUCUACUGAACUGGGUGAAAAGGCUGAGCUGCUGUAUCAUGAGUCCAGCAACUGUUGCUGCUACAGCUAUUAGUAGCAAAUGUCUCGAAGAGGAUUGUGGCAUAGACAAUGCUCUUUUACUUUAUCAUUAUGUUAUUUGGAUUCUGUUAUUGAAAAAAACUGAUAAUAGUCUAACAGUCAAACUGUGCUACUAGAUUCUGUGGAUUGUAUAAAAGAGCCUUUAUUCUUAGGUAAAUGUGCAAGCUAAUGCAGUCUUGGUUCUGUGAGAUAUGAUUUACAUUAAUAUAUUCUUUGGGUAUGCCAGAACUCUGUUUCUCAAUUUUUCUUCUGUUGAAUUCCAGUUGUCAAAGCAAUAUGGCCCUGUCUUGGGCAUCCAAAUGGGACCCCGGAGAAUUGUGGUGUUGACAGGAUAUGAGACAGUAAAGGAGGCUCUGGUUAAUCAGGCGGACGCAUUUGCAGACAGGCCCACCUUUGCAUUAUUUCAAGAGCUUGCACAAGGCUUUGGUGAGGCACCUCCCUUUCUAUUGCAACUUGUAAUGCUUGCAGACACAAACAGAUCCCACCAGGUGAACACAAUAUGUUCCCAAGAAAUGGUUCGUAAGAUGAGCGUUUGCAAAGCAAGUCAAUGAAAUCCAUUGUUUCCUGUGGGGAAAAUCCUUGUGAAUUCUUCAACCCACCUCAGUGCCGUUGAAAUUGACAGUGUAUCUGUAGGCAUUAGGCUGAGAAUGUGUCACAAAAAGUGUCGCCUGUCAAUUUCUGCAGAUCAAGCUAAAAUGUUAAAAAGAGUAGACCAGACCAACUUUUUUUGGUCUUGACUUUCAGUGGCUCAGUGGGGCUCUGUUGAAGAAACAAAAAUGGAGGCCAUUUAAAGCAAACCUUUCCCAUUCCCACCUUCUUCCCAACAGUCAUAUUGUAGAGGUAGGGAAGAAUGAGACAGGACGAUUGUGAAUAAUAGUUGCACAGCAAAGUAAUGCCACACACCAAGGGGAAACUGACUGACCAUUUUCUGGCCUAGCCUACACAGAGAGGAUAAAUUAAGAAGGCAUAAUGGAAUACAAAUAACAAGCUGAGUUCUGCUUGGGCUGACAUGUACAAACCACCCUCUACUCUAUCCUACACUUAGUAGGGGAAAAUAUUGUUCAAUGUGUUCUCAGGUCUUGCUCUGAUGGCACAGCUGCCAGCUACUUUGUCAAAGCUCAGAAGUCUGAGUCUGACUGAGAGAAUAGCUGGGAUCCAUUCUCAGUUCCAUAGAAGAAAUGCAGAACAUAAUUUAUUGAUUCUUUGUUCAAUGGCCAUGCAAACAUGAAACCUUUCCUCCCGUUUUCAGGUGUAAGUCUGUCUAAUGGUGAGAACUGGAAAGUGAUGCGGCGGUUUGCUUUAAGCACAUUACGGGACUACGGAAUGGGAAAGAGGACCAUAGAGGACAGAAUUCUUGAGGAAUGCAGUGUCCUGAUAAAGAAAUUUGAAUCUUAUGAAGGUGGGUUGGUGUUUUCCUCUGGUGCAUAGCUACACUACCAUAGUUUAAAGGUGCCAAGACUAUUGUGUUACAUAUUCCUAACUUCCAGAAGCACAGCUCCCAGGGUUCCCUGCAAUUGGUCUGUCCCUGUAAUGUGAAGAUUGCACUGCAAUAACUCCUGUGACUUCCAAGCAUUUCUUAGCCCAGCUAUGGCCACAUCCGGCAACACUUAGGAUCAGUUUCUUUGAUAAAUGAGGUCUACACAUAGGGAAGCUGCCAAUAGGGAUUUAAGGCAACAAAGAACAGACUUAAAAACAAUGCCUUUUCCAUACUUGGAAUUUCAACAGAAUAUUUUUGUUUAACUGUCAUAUUUAUGUAUAGGAAACCCGUUUGAGACCGUCACAAUUAUGAAUGCAGCUGUUUCCAAUAUUAUAGUGGCCAUACUACUAGACAAGCGAUUUGAUUAUGAAGAUCCCACAUACAUAAGACUUCUGAAGUUGGUCAAUGAAAAUAUCCGGCUUUUCGGAAGCUCUUCACUCACGGUAAUCUAUUUUUUCAAUUAAAACAAACAAACACUUGAUUAUAAUAACAGUGUAUGCAAAGUGGGCAGGGCUACCUGUUUAUUGUAUAUUGUUCAGGGUUCACUACAAAACACAGAAUAUUGAUAUCUUGAGAAACCUGGUGCUAAUUCAAAAUAUUAAGAAAACUCACACGGUACAGUCAUCCCGUAACUAUAAUAAAGUCUCUUUUGCACACAUGCUUUCUGGCCUCACUGCCAUCGGGACUCCAAGGACAAGGAAGAAGAAGUGAUAGUUGGUUCCAUGAUGGCUCAGAAGGGGCCUCCAAGGGCAGAUCUCCCUCUCUGAAGGCGAACCUCCAGAGGGGAACUGCCAUAGCCUAUUAUUCUUUUAAAAAAAAAAAAAAAUAUUUAUUCAAAUUUUAAGAUUACAGAAAAAGAAAAAAGUAAAGAAAGAAAAACUAAUCACAUACAUCCUACAAGAAAAGCACAAUACAAGGAAAAAUACACAAGACAAAAAAUCACAAUAAAAAAUAACAAAAGAAAAAUUCAACUUAAACCAUUAGAACCGUUUUCCCAUUUACUUAUUUCCGUGACUUCCUCUCACUUCUCUGCUUUGUAUUCUAAUUCAAAUUGUAUCUCCAGCAAAUCCUUCUAACCUUCUUUUCAUUUACUUAUUUUAACAUUCAAAAAUAUUUAAUUCUCCUCUAUCUUUUAUUUUACACUUCAUAUUUACUUAAUUCCAUUAUGCUCUGUCUGCCAAUACGGUCUAAUAUUCUUCUCCAACCUUUUCUAACAUUCUUUUAUAUUACAGUAAUUCUGAAGAUAUGUUUUAAAUUUUUUCCAAUCUUCUUCCAUCGACCCUUCUUCUUGAUCUCGAAUUCUGCCGGUCAUCUCAGCCAGUUCCAUAUAGUCUAUCACUUUUCUCUGCCAUUCUUCUCGGGUAGGCAAUUCUUGUGUCUUCCAGUAUUUCCCAAUAAGUAUUCUUGCUGCUGCUGUCGCAUACAUAAAAAAAAUUCCUGUCUUCCCUUCGCACCAAUUGACCGACCAUGCCCAAGAGGAAGGCCUCUGGUUUCUUCAAGAAAGUAUAUUUCAAUACCUUUUUAGUUCAGUAUAUAUCAUUUCCCAGAAGGCCUUGAUCUUUGGGCACGUCCGCCAAAGGUGAAAAAAGUACCUUCGUUUUCUUUACAUUUCCAACAUUUAUUAUCAGGCAAAUGAUAAAUUUUUGCUAGCUUGACUGGGGUUAAGUACCACCUGUAAAUCAUUUUCAUUAUAUUUUCUCUUAAGGCGUUGCAAGCCGUAAAUUUCAUACCUGUGGUCCAUAACCAUUCCCAGUCAGCAAACAUAAUGUUAUGCCCAACAUCUUGCGCCCAUUUAAUCAUAGCAGAUUUGACCAUUUCAUCCUGUGUAUUCCAUUUCAACAGCAGAUUAUACAUUCUUGACAAAUUUUUAGUUUUAGGUUCUAACAAUUCCGUUUCCAGUUUAGAUUUUUCCUCCUGGAAACCAAUCUUUUUGUCUAAAUUAAAAACCUCCCUUAUUUGAUAAUAAUGCAGCCAAUCUCGAACUUUAGCCAUAGCCUAUUAUUCUGGGGUUGCACAUAAAUUACGCUGCCCUGACGUAGCCCUAACCCCAUUCCAAAUGCCAUUCAAGAGUUUUGUUUGUAUUUGGGCAGUCAUGCUUUGAGAGAGCCAGCUGAGAGAACUGUACUGGGCUUUCCUAAUGUUUUCUUCUUCUUUUUUCACAUUUUAUCCUUUCAGCUGUAUAACAUGUUUCCUGCUCUUGGUUUUCUUUUGGGGGCUUAUAAGACUGUCAUUCAAAACAGAGAUGAGCUGUUUGCCUUCAUAAAUGCCACCUUCAUAAAACACCUCAGAGAUCUGGAUGAAAAUGACCAGAGGAGCUUUAUUGACUCAUUUCUUAUCCAACAGCAAGAGGUAAUGGAGUCUUUUAAGUUGACCCAGAAUAAAUGUUGACAUUUUCAAUUCAUGUUUUAAGGGCAUAUUCGCAAGUGAAUGCAUAAGUUGUAGUCAGGAAGUCUCACUUCAGAAGGGACCAACAUGGCAUACUUCCUACCAUUUCCCAAUCUUCGGCCAUUGUUAAUGUGUUACUGGUACAGAUGUUGCCUGUGUAGGAGCAAAGUUUGCAUGCUCACCAGCUAUUCUGAAAAAAAUCCCUAAUCAAGAAAACAUGACAAUGGGGGUAUAUAAAAGAGCUGUUGUGAAGCCCAAAGAGAUUGAUGGAUUUAUGUUAAAAGAUGACUGGAGGUGACAGAGAUUGGAUUUAGAAAGCGAGAUUCUAGUUAACAAAUGGAAGGAAGAAAAAACCCCUCACUUCAUAGGUUUGUAAAAUGACUGGAUGAAAUUGUAAAAAAGAGAGAGAAAUCUUUCCUUUUAAAAAAAACCCCAAAGUGAAACAUCACCAACAAGAAAUGAGAUUGGCAUGUGGCACUAGGUAUGAUUUAAUGAAGAUACAAUAUGCAAAUAUUUAUGGGCUAUUUUACUGUUAAGAUUUGUUGGAACCCUUGACAACUCAUCAUAUUGAAACAGAGAAAGGCUGUUUUAGACAGUUGAUGAGAACAACAAUUAAAGAGCUAGAUUUGGACUUUUUCAGUUGAAUAAGGUGAACCCAAGAGGCCUGGGAGUAAAGAUUGAAAAAUAUCAUCUAGCAGAAUGAAAAAAAGUGCUCAGUGUGGUGAAAAUACUGAAAAACACCCCACUGCCUGUUGGUGCCAUGCAUCAACUAUUGAAUGAACAAUUGGAAGAACUUAGAGUGGAGAGGCAUUAAAUUGUUAAUAAUGGGGAGCUGCUGCUGAAAAGGCCAAUUCUCAUGUUGCCACGCUCCGUUGGUCUUGGAGAGGAGCUACAGGAAGAAGCCUCAGAUGGAUCUGCAGGAUCUUGGUCGAUUUAUAUGGGGAGAGGUAGUCUUUGAUGUAUUGCAGUCCUCAGUUGGCAGUUGGACUAGGACUUAAUUAAUUUUAAGUAUGCUCCUUAUGUGAGGCAGGUUACUCCACAGUAGGGAAGCAUUUGCUCUUUGGCAAUAGGCCAGGCAUUUAUCCUUCUCCCUCUUAAGAUUCUUCCCUUUUCUCCUGCGUCUCUUCACUCCCCUCUGGCUCCCAGCGGGACAGGCAGCUAUUACAACCAGCAACUCUAUCGGUGUUACUCUUCCUGUUGGAAAGUGUGGCAGAAGGGAGUUGCAGUCGCGAAAAUAUGGAGGGCACCACAUUGUCUAUCUCAGUUUAAUGAAACAGUUCUAGAUGAAUAUGUGGUUUUUCUGUGUCAUUUUUUUCCAUUUUAGACUAUGAGUAAAUACAUUAAAGACUAUGAGUAAGUACAUUAAAGAAGUUCACUGAGAACCAUAUAUGUCAGCAGAAAACAACACUUUAUGGUAACCCUGAUUUCAGAUCUCCACAAGUGUUCACCAGAAAUGCUGCCUUCCAUGUAUGCAAUCAUAAUACUGUUGCAGGUUUGUGGGGUCAGUCUGCAUGAUGCCUGAGAAUGUUCCAACUUGUGGAGACCUUGUACCCAGUAAGGGUUAAUUCUAAUGGAGGAAUCUAUUGAUGAAUCAGUCAGACAAGUUUCUUUGUGAGAUGAGGGCCAUAUACUUGUCAUCUAAAUACUGCCACUAGUUCCUUUGUCUAAACAAAGGCUGUUGGCUGAGGAGUCAAGCACAACAGUUCGCAUCAGAGAAGAAGGAGCUGGAUUGCCUAGCUUCCCCGACCUCCUCUCUUAGCUGGUAGAUGGAGAACAACAGCUGUGACUAUGGAGAAGCAAGACAUUUUGGGGUCUUGAUGCUGAGCCCCUCUAUCUUAUGCUCAGGUUGAAUAUAUAGUCAUACCUCGGGAUAAAUACGCUUCAGGAUAAGUAUUUUCGGGUUGCGCUCCGUGGGAACCCGGAACUAACAGAGUGCAUUACUUCUGGGUUUUGCCGCUCAAGCAUGCGCAGACGGGCAAAAUGACAUCACACACAUGCACGGAAGCAGUGAAACAUGACCAGCGCAUGUGAAGACACACAGUCGCAUCUUAUGUUCUGUUCAGGAUGCGAACGGGGCUCCAGAACAGAUCCAGUUCACAUCCCGAGGUACCACUGUAUGUUUAAAUAAACCCUCUUUCAUCAUGAUGGCAUAGUCUGGAAACCUGGAAUCUCUCACUGCUCAGCGACUGUGGUGAUGUGCAAUGAUAUUUUGGAUCAUCGGGUCCAGUCAGGUAUUCAUUUUUAUCUUUGCACAUGAAAUUUUCUCACUCCAUUCAUUUUAACCAGUUCAUACUCUUUGCAACCCAGGAGAAGAAGACGAACAAGACGAAUGUAUAUUUCCACAACAAAAACUUAACAGUUAUUGUGGCCAACCUAUUUGCUGCUGGCACAGAGACCACUGCUACCACACUGCGCUGGGGACUGUUACUAAUGAUGAAACAUCCUGAAAUUCAGAGUGAGUGCUUUUCAUUGGGUUGUCUCCGAUUAGUCUGAGAUAGCUUAAUUCCAGAUAUAUGUAACUAUUAGAGAGAGAAAAUAUUAAUAAUUUUCAUAUCUAUCUAUUUCACAACAAUUGUUCAGUCAUAAGCUUAACAUUUCAACCUGGACUCCCUUCUCCCUCUUUCUGUGGUUCUUUACAUUUCUUUUCAUAUUCCUGCAUACUCCAAAUUAUCCCAACAUCUUCUUUUAGAUAUAUAUUCCCAUAUAUAUCCCAUAUAUAUAUUGGAACUGCAGGUUUUACAUUAAUCCUGCCAGUGUCUUAGUAUGUUUACAGUUUGUUUGCUAAUAUUCAAUAAAGCAUUUCCAUUCCUUUCUUUAUUUCUUUUUUUAAAAAGGUUAUCUUGAUAUAUUAUUCUCAUGGUAAGUUUCGUCAUUUCUGUGUAGUCCAUUAACCUCUGUAUCCUUUCUUCUCUUGUCGGGACCUCUUCCUCCUUCCAUUUAUUUAUGUAUAAAUAUAUGGGCAAAUAACAUUCUUGCAGCUGUGGUUGCAUACAUAAAUAAAUUUAUAUACUGUAGUUCCAAUCCCAAAAUUUCCAAAAGAAAAGCUUCUGGUUUUUUAAAAAUCUUAAACAUCUUUUUCAGUUCAUUUUAUAUCAUUUCCCAGUAAGCUUUAACUUUAUUACUAGACCACCACAUAUCAAAAAGGUACUUUCUUUCUCUUUACGUUUCCAGCACAUAUUCAAGUUGGAUUUAUACAUUUGAGCCAAUCUAUUAGGUGUUAGAUACCAUUUAUAUAACAUGUUCAUAUAGUUUUCUCUUAAACUAUAACAUUCUGUAAAUUGUAUAUCUGUUCCCAUGCAUCCAUUUCUAUAUUAUUAAUAACUAUUGUCCAGAGUAUCCUUGUAGAUUUCACUUGUUUGUCCUUUGUCUCCCAUUCCAAUAACAUCUUAUACAUUUUAGAUAUCACUUUAACAUUACAGUUUAACAGGUUUCUUUCUAGUUGUGAUUUUCGUUCCCCAACCCCCCGCUUCAUAUCCCUUUUAAAGACUUCAUUCAAAUGAUGAUAUUGUAAUCAUGUUGGUAACAUCUCUGAUAAAUCCUUGAAUUAUUUUAAUUUAAAUUCUUCAAAGUGAAAGCCAUAUUAGUGUUUUGGUCUCCAACAGGUUUUUAUACUUAUCCAUACUCUAUACAUUUUUUUCUGAUUAUAUAGUUUAUAAAACCUUUAUGUACUUUCACAUUUUCAUACCUCAAGUAAGCGUGCCAACCAAAAAUAUUGUCAUGACCUUCCAAAUCUAAAAUAUGUGGAUUCUUCAAUAACAAUCAUUCCCUCAAACAGCACAGACAAGGUGCUUCAUAAUAGAAUCUCAUAUGCGGCGGGAAGAAACCUCCUCUCUCUUUCACAUCUAUCAAUAUUUUAUAUUUUAUUCUCAUUUUUUCUCUUGCCAGAUAUAUUUAUAAAUAUAUUUUUGCCAUUUGUUGAAACAAUCUGUCUUGCUGGUAAUAAUUGAAAUGUCCUAUGACCUUUUAAAAUGUGGUUUGGGGCGUUUAUUGGGUUGUUUUUAUUUUGAUUAUGUAUUUUGUAGUUUUAUAUUUGAUUUUAUUCUGUGAACCUCUGGAUAUAGGGCAGUAUAUAAAUUCAAUAAAUAAUAAUAAGAAGCAUAAACUAAAAUAAUAUCCUCAAUAAUACAUUCAUUUUAGUGGUUGACACCCUACCCAGUAACGAAAGUUUCAUUCUCCUCCAUAUUUGCAAAUUUAUUUUAAUAUCCUCCCAAGUUUUUAAAUAAUUAUCCUUAUACAAGUUUAUAUUCUUUGCUCUUAACCACACAUCCAAAUAUUUAAUCUUCUUUUCACUCUUUAAGAUGGAUAAACUUUGUAAUUUAUUUUUACUCUCAUCAUUCAAAUUUUUCACCAGGAGUUUGGUUUUAUCUUAUUAAUUUUAAGACCUGCUAUUUCUAAAAAAAACAAAACAAAAUCUUACAGUGCCUUCAGGGUUGACUCUAUAGGUUCCUCAACAAAUAUCAGCACGUUAUCUGCAAAAGCUUUUAAUUUAUAUUAUAUUAUUAUUUAUUUUUAUUAUAUUAUAUAUAAUAUAUUUAUAUUGUCUCUGUCCCACUUUUAUUCCUUUAUUUUCUUGGUUACAUCUUAUUCUUUGUGCCAAAACUUCUAAAACUGUUAUAAACAAUGAAGGUGACAGUGGGCAACCAUGUCUACUUCCUUUAGUUAUUUUACAAUUCUCAGUCAAUACAUUACUUACUGAUGGAUCAGUAUAUAUUGCCGUAACUCCUUUUUAAAAGUGUCUCCACAAACCAUAUAUUCCAAAGCCUUAAACAUAUAAAUUCCCAGGAGACGUUGUCAAAUGCUUUCUCACAGUCUAAAAACAUUAAAGCUGCCCAUUUUUCAUUUCUCACUACUAAAUAUUCUAUUACAUCAAUUAUGUUUCUAUUAUUAUCUUUCAUUUGUCUUCCCAGCAAAAAAUCAGCCUGAUCCAGCCUUAAUGGAUUACCUCUUUUAAUACAGUUUUCAACCCAUUAGCUAAUAUGUCUGCAAACAGUUUAUAAUCGUUAUUCAACAACGAAAUAGGUCGAUAGCUCUUAACCAGCUUUGGAUCUCUAUUUUGCUUAUGAAUCAAAGUUAUGUAUACACUCUUCCGGGAUUUGGGUAACUCUCCGACAUUCCAAGUUAUAUUCAAAAUAUCUUUUAAAGGUUGCAUUCGGUAAUCUUGUAUCAUCUGGCCUAUGAGACCGCCCUUGAAUCCCUGAGGCAAAGGGCAUUUCACAUAGUGACCUGUGAUCUUGAUCUCAUGCAAGAGAUGAGAUAGCCUCAUAUCUUAGGAACCUGUCUGUACCAACCUAUCAGCAUUUAUUUACCAAAGCCAGACUAAAUGUAUUUCCAUCGGAAGUGCUAAAUCAUGAGUAGGCAAACUAAGGCCCGGGGGCCGUAUCCGGUCCAAUCACCUUCUAAAUCCGGCCCACGGACAGUCCGGGAAUCAGCGUGUUUUUACAUGAGUGUCUUUUUAUUUAAAAUGCACCUCUGGGUUAUUUGUGGGGCAUAGGAAUUUGUUCAUCCCCCCCCCAAAAAAACAUAGUCCGGCCCCCCACAAGGUCUGAGGGACAGUGGAUUGGCCCCCUGCUCAAAAUGUUUGCUGACCCCUGUGCUAAAUGGUUGACUGAGCGGCAUCCCUUAUGAGAAUAGGCUUUGUUUAUGUUCUCAGGACAUCGCAUAUUUUACUGCAUUGUGGCAGUACGACCAACUGAUCAAACCCCUACUGGCAAAUCUGCUGGGAAAAUCUGAAGCCUCCCAUGCUAAAUAUCUUUUGGAUGACAGGUCUAAUGAUAUUACACUGGCCGUGGCAAAGUUUCUUUCAGAAGUUAUAAGAAACAAAGAUUAUCAUGCUAGAGACAAAACAAAAUGACCCCCUCUGUUGCUCUUUCUUGUGUGGUUGACUGUCUUAACUGUAUUUUUUUCUGAAAUUGCUCUAUGGGACUUUGAACCGCAAUAAAGAUUUAUUAUAAUACAGUUUUAAACCUAUUAGCUAAUCUGUCUGCAAACAGUUUAUAAUUGUUAUUCAACAAUGAAAUUGGUUAAUAGCUCUUAACCAGCUUUGGAUCUCUAUUUUGAUUAUGAAUCAAAGUUAUGUUUGUACUCUUCCAGUAUUUGGGUAACUCUCCUGUAUUCAAAGUUAUAUUCAUAAUAUCUUUUAAAGGUUGCAUCAGGUAAUCUUGUAAUUUUUUAAUAACAUAUUGCUGAAAGUCCAUCAGGUCCACAUGCCUUCCCUAAUUUUGCCUGUAAAAUAGCUUGCUGUAAUUCCAUCAUUUUGGUAUCUUACGUAGUAUGCUGUCUUCUAAAUAUUUACCUAUUUACCCAUUUCUUCUAAAUAUUUACCUAUUUCUUCUAAAACUGCUUUUGUUCAUUUUUGAAUACAGUGGUACCUCGGGUUACAUACACUUCAGGUUACAUACGCUUCAGGUUACAGAUGAAUUAAGUACUUAACCCAAGGUACCACUGUAAUUGUUUUGGGUCCAGCUCAGGUUUUAUACACAUUGCAACUCCUCUCUUUUUUGUUAUAUCAGAAGGUACAAAGUCCUUUCCAUGCCUUUUAUUUAUUAAAAUUCUUCUAUGUUUCUUAACAAUGUGUUUCUUGGAGGCAUAUAACAUCCCAGUUUAACUUCUUUACAUGUUCAAUUUUCUUGGAGACAAAUAACAUCCAAGUUUAACUUCUUUACAUGUUCAAUUUUAUUCAUUUAGUCCUAUUAUUUAGCCUAUUAACAUUCCAAGUUAGAAUUUUCAAAGCCAUCUUGUUCCUUAUUUAUUUCUCCACCUCUGUUGAAUCUUCCACCUUCCAGUUCAAAUGCCCUUUCUCCAGCUAAUUCUGCCCAUAUUUUCUCCAAAAUUUGUCUGGCUCUGUAGGAUCCAGAAAUCUUUGUUUUCUGCCUUUUUAUGUACAGUGGUACCUCAGGGUUACAUAUGCUUCAGUUUCAUACGCUUCAGGUUACAGACUCCACUAACCCAGAAAUAGUACCUCGGGUUAAGAACUUUGCUUCAGGAUGAGAACAGAAAUUGUGCAGUGGUGGCGCAGCGGCAACAGGAGGCCCCAUUAGCUAAAGUGGUGCUUCUGGUUAAGUACAGUUUCAGGUUAAGAACAGACCUCCAGAACGAAUUAAGUUCUUAACCCGAGGUACCACUGUAAAUGCUACCGCUUCAGGAUAUUCCCAGCAGUGAUAUUUUAAUAAUUAUCCUGGAUGCAUUUCUCUCCCUCAGUAUAUCAGGUUAUUGAUUAAAAUGUUUGUCUUAUUUAAAAAUACCUUUGUCAAAUUCUAGAGAUUAAAUUUGUGAGUCUGGGAAAUUGGAGAACCAGUUUAUGGCAGUUCUAUGCUGCAGAGAUUAAUAUUUUAAGAGGCCAAAGUCAAACAGAUUAUCUUGGCAGAAAAAUGAAUGCUUUCUUUUUUUGUUUCCCCCAGCAAAGGUCCAAGAAGAAAUUGCAAGGGUUGUUGGAUCUUCUCAGCCAAGGAUUGAACACCGAACAAAAAUGCCUUAUACAGAUGCUGUGGUCCAUGAGAUCCAGAGAUUUGCUGAUAUUGUCCCAACCAACCUGCCACAUGCCACGGCUACAGAUGUUACCCUCAAUGGCUACUUCAUUCCUAAGGUGAUCCUUUUCAUUGAACUGCUGCCUACUAUUUACAAUAUAUUUUAAGGUUUCCUGGGAGUAAGCCCCUUGGACUUCAUUGUGGGUGACAUCUGUGCAGACUUGUAUACGAUUGCACUGUAAGCAAGCUCUUCAGCGUCAUCUUCAACCUGUUAAACAGAUCUCAAUGGGAAGGAGCACAAGGUUGGAAAAGAAACCAUUUCUGGUGGGAGAUCAUGGUUUAUAUGUUAAAGUUUUUCAAACGAAAGACAUUUUUCAAGUGAACUAAAAAUCUCAUUUAUCCUGCAGUCAGUAUUUAUUGUACCAGAGGCAUAUGCUUUAUUUUAAAAUAGCUCUUGCUUUGUUUUUGCAGGGGACACACAUCAUGCCAUUGCUGUCCUCUGUGCUGCAUGAUGAAUCUCAAUGGGAGAAACCACAUAAAUUCUAUCCAGAACAUUUUCUUAAUUCUGAUGGAGAAUUCGUAAAGAGAGAUGCUUUCAUGCCUUUCUCCGCAGGUAACUUUUUUUAAACUUUUGUGUAUACCUGCAUAGUGUGUGCUUAGUCAAUGGGAUUUUUACAUGCCACGAAUGUAACCUAUUGUGCAAAGGAAAGAAUCACAUCAGUUGCUGUGGCCAUUUCUGCCACUAGAUCUGCCCACUGUUGGUGAGUCACCCCUGGAAUGUUGCUCACCAGGGAAUGUGGCCCUCAGGCUGAAAAAUCCCCACCCCGGUUUUCAGCAUUGCAGGAUGGCUCGUAUUGGGAGUUCUUAAUUCUUUUAAGAUGGGCACUGUGAGCUGUUAUUUCAUCUCUGCAUUUCCAUCUGCUUUUAAGUAUUUGGGAUGUUAUUAAAGGUAAAGGUCCACUCAUGGCCGACUCUGGGGUUGUGGCUCUCAUCUCGCUUUACUGGCCGAGGGAGCAGGCGUACAGCUUCCGGGUCAUGUGGCCAGCAUGACUAAGCCGCUUCUGGUGAACCAGAGCUGCGCACGGAAAUGCCAUUUACCUUCCCGCCGGAGUGGUACCUAUUUAUCUACUUGCACUUUGAUGUGCUUUCAAACUGCUAGGUUGGCAGGAACAGGGACCAAGCAACGGGAGCUCACCCCGUCGCAGGGAUGCGUACCGCCAGCCUUCUGAUUGGCAAGUCCUAGGCUCUGUGGUUUAACCCACACCACCACCCACGUCCCUUGGGAUGUUAUUAAGCAACUGCGAAACCCAGUUUCUCUGCUGCCUAUGUUUCCAUACAGGUCGGAGAGCAUGUUUAGGUGAGACUCUUGCCAAAAUGGAGCUCUUCCUCUUCUUCACAAGUCUCCUGCAGAAAUUCACCUUCCAGCUACCCCCUGGAACAUCUCAGGAAGACCUGGACCUUACUCCUGCUAUUGGGCUUACAACAUCGCCCAUGCCCCACAAGCUCUGCGCUCUGCCACGUUUCUAA